AUGAGAGGAAGAAGCUACACUCCAUCGCCUCCACCACGUUACAGCCGAAGAGGAGGUGGCGGAGGAGGACGUAGUCCAAGUCCUCGUCGCCGUUACGCCCCCCGUGAAAGUGAUCUACCUACCAGUCUUCUUGUUCGUAACCUUCGCCAUGAUUGUAGGCCUGAAGAUCUUCGAAGACCCUUUGGUCAAUUUGGUCCUCUCAAAGACAUUUAUCUUCCCAAAGAUUAUUACACUGGACAGCCCCGUGGGUUUGGUUUUAUCCAAUUUGUGGAUCCGGCUGAUGCUGCCGAUGCUAAAUAUCAUAUGGAUGGUCAAGUUCUUCUUGGUAGGGAGCUGACUGUUGUUUUUGCUGAGGAGAAUCGGAAGAAGCCUACUGAGAUGAGGGUCAGAGAGAGAAGUGGUCGGUAUUCUGAUCGAAGGAGGACUCCCCCACGUUAUUCUCGUUCACCCCGCUAUUCCCGGUCUCCACCUCGUCAUAGAACUCACUCUCGCAGCCGUGACUAUGAUUCCCCGCCUCCUAAACGAAGGGAAUAUUCAAGAUCUCUAUCACCUGAGGAUAGAAGGCACAGUAGAGAAAGAUCACAUCACAGCAGGGAGAGGUCAUACACACGCUCUCCACCCAAUAACGGGGAUGCAAGAAGUCGCAGUCCGAGUCCAGAGAAAGGCCCAGUUCUGAGCAGAAGUCCAAGUCCAAACCGUGAUGCGAGGGAAUCAGCCCGCAGUAGGUCCCCCAGUCAGUGA